AUGCUUGUCUCGCCUAAUGAUGUUUCGCGGGUUGCCCCACUGUUUAAGGCGACCCCUGUCAUUGAGAGACCCGUGGCGCGUCUUGAGGAACAAGACCGCGGGACAUUCAACAACUCACAAGAAAAUGAAUGGUAUCCAGCCAUGGACUUUGUAAGAAAUCCGAUUCUAUAUACUAUGCAGAGUGUACUAACAAUCAAAAUAGUGGUCGCGCUUAAUCGCGGGUACCUCCCUCGCCCCCGGAGGCAACAAAGGGGCUUCCAAUAAUCCAGAGAAGCGUCUGGCACGCUUUAAGCGGGAAUACAAUGAACUUUUGGUAGGAUGAAUCUGACUCCGGCAAUUUCUGGGACUUGAAUUGACUUUGAGUAGCAAGUCUGGCGUGGCACAUCGAAUUUGGCCAGAGACUAUGAAGCGGCGGAGGACAUACGUGGUUCCAUACAGGACCUCACCACGAUACUGAGCGAUGAAUCGAGACGGCCACUACCCCACCCCUGCAUCGUUUUCGCAUCCUCGAAGCAUGUUUAUAUACCGAUUGGCAAGAUUGCUACGACGUCAUACAAUGAAGGCAUUAUUCGAGAGGCGGUUGCGUUGUUUGCGACGUUGAUCGAUAGCGAGGAGGAGAACUUCGUGGAGAACGAUGCCUUUUCGAAGAGUUUGAUGAACCUGCUUGUGCGUAUUACGGGGGCAAAUAGCAUACGGUUGAGCUCCGAGACGGAAUCAGAAGUCGUGGAACUGUCCUUCAACAUUACGACCAAGAUCCGGCUUGAUCCGGAAAUACUGCCGGCAUGGUUCUCUGCACAAGAACGUGAAGAUAUGGGGGAUGACCGAGAUGCACACGAGAAAUUUACCGGGAGGACACAUAAGGAGGACUUUCCGCUCUUCUAUCUUCUGAUAGACUAUAUACACCAUGAAGGAAGAAUCGGCGAUUUUGCAAGGACAGGCCUGCUGUAUAUCAUAGAGGCCGCUUCAAAUUCAGUAGCGCUUGAGCAAUGGAUAGUUGAAAGCGAUCUGGCGACUCUAAUGGCGACUGGACUGGGAGCUCUGUAUAGUCAAUUGAGCCGGAAGCUGGUUAUUGAUUACCUUCCAGACGAGCUUCCCCCGAUUCUAGCACUUUCGGAUUAUCAACAUCCAAUAGAGACUUCAGAGAUCGUGAGUUCGGCGUCUCCGGAUUUUCAAAGUCAUAUGGAUACAUUUCUGUCCCACUUGGUAUUCUGGCAGGACGUCUUGAAUCAUUGCAAGUCUGUGGAGGUCAAACAAACACUUUUGGAGCAUUUUCAAGUGAUUUUUCUCCAACAACUAUUGUAAGAACCCUGACCUAUUUCGUUUUUUUACUGAAAGCUAAUGAAUAUAGAUAUCCCUCUCUUCUCGAGUCCUCCGAUGUUGACGGUGGAUCUUCAGUGGCAGUUUUGACAUAUCUUCGAAGAAUACUGGAAUCCCUUGAUCACCCUGAUAUGAUACACCUGAUUUUACACUACCUCCUCGCCCUUCCAAUCACGGCACCUACACAGAGUGAGUCUCGAGCAUCAGUAAGUGCCGCUAGGAAAAGAAAAUCGAUGGACUUGGCGACAAUGAUGGCUACAACUAUAGAGGUCGUUUCAACGCCAGCUCUUUUCAACCUUGUGGAUUUGAUACAAGCGAGUCUUCGAUCAGAAAGUGAGCAAACCAUAUCCGUCACACUACAACUUGUCUCUGUGAUUCUAAAACGACAUCACCGAUAUGCUGUAACAACACUUUUGUGGACGAGUCAGGUAUUAUCUGAGGAGUCCCAACGAACCAUUGGAGCUCAUGAAACGGAAAUGGAGUUCUUAUUGAACCUUGCUGGCUCUGUAGGAGGUGAGGGGAAUUUAGAUGAGAUGUACGAAAAUCACGUCAGGGAUAGCAUGAACAUGCUGGAAAGCCAUACUUGUUCGAUAUCUUUGAUUGUACCAAAAUCAGGAGGCGCCAUGAAGUUUCCUGGCUCACAAGCAACAAUACCUGGCGCUCCCCGCGACAUUCGACCUCACACUCUAAGACCUGAAGACCCUAUGCUGCAGACUUUCCUCGCCACGUUGUCGACGUUCUUUACCAAUUCUAUUGAAACGAAUUUAUCGCUUACGGGCGCAAUCAUGGAUCUAGCAACAUGUGGUUAUAUGCGCAUAGAUGGUUGGCUACUUCCUGACCCUUCAAAGUAUGUCUAUGAAGAGGACGAGGAGGAAGUUGAAGAAGAUCCGUUGCUAGUGCCAGUAGGGGAUCCAAUCGAUAUUGAAGAGAAGGCCCAGAUUAAAUCACUUCGAAAAAUGCGCCGGAAUCCAAAAUGGUCCUCUUCCAAUAUCCCUUCUUUCCUUACUCAGCUCAGCGCUCUGGUGGACCAAGUGCAGGCCUAUCGAAAUACAAUUCCUCGAUUUGAUGAGCUUCUAGAACAACGUCGUCAGGCUUUCUCUACUGCAUCUUCGCCGCCUCCACCGCCGCCUGUUCAUCAGUCUCCUCGGCGUUCUACUUCUUCUACACGAUCAGUGUCGCCUCCAAGGAAAUCAGGCUUUGAUACUCUGGCUCAACGUUUAUUCACUGAGCUCAGUGGUGAAAACUCACCCUCUCGCUCAAACUCACCUAGAGGACGUCGAAGCCAAGACCGUAGCAGUGGUGGUGGCGGGCUUAGGGAAGCGCUUGGAUUCUCCACGCCCAGCUCGAAAAAGCCCACCAUGGCUCCGCAGUAUUCGGGGAGUAGAACACCGUCAAGGGAAAGUUCUAGGGCUUUCAAUUCCAGUCCCCUGAGGGAUCCGGAGGGCAAGUUUGCUGCACCGGGUGUUCCAGCUAGUCAAGCAGCAGCUUUCGCUGCCAUUGAUCAAAGUAUUCUCGCCAGAAGAGUCGGAAAGCCCCUCCCGAAAAGUGAGGUAGCAGCUAUCCCAUUCCCUGACCUGCGAGGGAACUCAAAGAGCCUGGACGGCGCCGUGGAAAGUAAGACCGUGCCUGAAGCUAUUGAGAUGACUGGCACCAAAGCCGAGAAGGAAGGAGAAACGCAAGAGGAGCCAGAAGUGGAGAAGCAGGUCACUGUUAGUCAUGUUUUGACAAAUGUACUUGUAUUGCAGGAGUUCUUAACAGAGGUUGCGGCGCUAAUACAGGUUCGGGCGGGGCUGUUUGGGGAAAUUCGAUUUGUGUAAGAGCAUGCAUGCGUGGUGGGAUUGUAGUUUGUAGAUAUUAGAUAUUUUUUGUUUAUGAGAUACCUUUUUUGCGGC